CCAUAAUAACUCAACUCAAUCUGUUUAUUUAGCGUGCAAACUAAACCGGCUCAUUACAAAUAUGAUCUAGUUUAUAGUUCGUACAGACAUCUUCUUAAUAUUAAUAUUCCUUCCGUACCAUAUAACUUUGUCAACUUUUCUUUUUUUAUCGUACUAUUAACUUUGUCAUUUUUCCUUUUAAAUAAAAAAAUUGUUAUUCCUCUUAAUUCUCUCCUCCCCAUAAACUUCAAUCAGACAAUGUGUUGAGGUAUAUUAUCCCGGUCCGUUACUGUUCAGGAGCCCAAGGCAUCGCCCCAGCUUGGAGCCCGAAUGACAAGGUCCAUUUCAGCCUAUUAGGCAUGUUUUGGCCCUUUGGGCCCAUUUUGGGCUUACUUGGCCCAUUAGGUUAGGUUUCCCCCUUUCCCUUACCCCUAUAAAUAUGGGGCUUUCCCACAUGUUUAGGGAUCCCCUUUUCUCUUCUUCCCCAACUCAUUUCUUCUCUCUAGAAUAGCUUGCAAGACUCCAUUAAUGGGAGCUCAAAAUGUACUAUGUAAUGGUGAAGAGAGUUCUAAUGAGAAAGAGAGGGCUUGGACAUUAGCCUAAAAAGUCCCGUGGUUUUCUCCCUUUCGGGUUUCCACGUAAAAACUGAGUGUUUAUACAUAUAUUUACUAUAUCGUGUUGGAUUAAACUCAACACUGGCGCCGUCUGUGGGAAACAGUUCAAAAAGAUUCAUGUGUUUCAACUAUUCUUGAGUUUUCUACAAAAAAAAUUCAUACAGGUGAACUGGAUUCCAGCAAAGAAAAAGGAAAGAAAUAAUUCAGAGAGGAAAGAAGCAAAGCCAGGAGGAGAAGCCGUGAAGGCUGGAAGUCUUAAUCGAGUUUUAGAUCUGGGCUGGGGUGACGAGGACCACCGUCACCAUUCCCGCCGCCGUGGACUCCUUCGGCGAGUGGAGCCGCACCAGAUGGAACUCCAGCAGUGUCCUAGGCCGCACCGCACGCAGCAUAGCCAUCGCUCAUACUUCGCCACCGGCCAUCGCCUGGGUCGCCGCACCGCCCCUCGACGUCGGCCGUCAACCGCAGACCACCCACCAGCUCAAAGAGGGUUCUCUUGAAGCUCGGGGGGGUCUCCUACCGAAGACCAGGCCCUGUAGUCAACCCUGCCGGCCACCGCUCGUCUCCCCUAUCCAAAUGCCCAGCAUGCACGUGUGCAUUGUUGGAAAUGCCGAGGAGGAAGAAAUUAUAUGUUGUGUAUUUGAUCUAAAAUCAAACACCUAGGAAGGAAUGCAUACGUACAUAGUGUAUGUGCUUAAAUUAGGAAGAAGUCACGUACAUAGCUUUUUUGUUUUCAUUCUAUUUAAUUACUCCGUAUUAGUCAAGUCUUCUUCCUCGUGAGCAAUGGAUUCCCAACAUGCAUGCCCAGUCUUCGGUGCCGAUCGUCCUUACACCUCGGCUACCCUUCUUAGCUUACCUCCGUAGCCGCUGCAAGGUCUUCAAAGGAUGAAGGAGGUGUUUGGGUAAGCAUCAGUAGCCGUGCGACCUCCAUCUUGGUCACAGACUUCCCACAAGCCGAAGGAGAGAGUUGGCAGGAGCUACUAGCAGUAGGUCGCGCGUCGGGAGUAAUGAUCAUGUGGACAAGCAACAAGGGCGUCCCUCCCCACUGCAUGGCUUCAGGCCGGCUACCAGACAUCCAGACGUGCCUCUACACCGAAUAGCGAACAACACUCGGGCUGCCACCAUGGAGCAGUCGUUCACCGCUAAGUCCGGUCCGCUGCUCCGCACUCGGCCCACGCUCAGCCGCUGCUCGGCGUUUAUAGUUGGCCAUCCGGCGGGAAGUUGCCACGGGUCCAACGAUGAAUUGAUUGCCGCCUUGCCGGGGACGUACGUAUUUCCCACCUUGUUGAGUUGUUGAUCAGCCCCUGCCUACGCUUAUCCCCCUCAGGCCUCAGGUAACCAACGGCAGGCCGUCAUCCUGGGGACACGCAGCUCGGCCUAUGGGUGAUUUCCGCCCGGCUCUUGAGUCUUGAUUUAAGCCGAAGAUCGUCUCCCAUGAGGAAUUUUCCUCUGCUGAUGCGAAUGAAGGGAUAGACGGCGAGCCGGGUCUUAUCUUAAGUUAGUGGGCUCGACAUUUCAAUGCUCAAGUACGUAAAUUCUCUAAAGAUUAGACCACGUACGUCUUGGCUAAAAAAAAUAAAAAACCUUCCAAAGAAAAAUGAGGAAUUCCAUUUGGGCCAUUGGCUGAACGGAUGGGGCGCUUGGAACUUGUGAAAAUAUGUCAUCAAAGUCAAGAUUGGUGAAAGGAGCUCACCCCAUUCCACUUGGAGAUUACCUGGACGAACGUCUCCAUUAUUCUACAGCUAAGUGCCUACACUUCUAAGUUGGUACAUUAAUUAAUUUACUAGUUUAAAGUAUUAUUAUUACUAGUAUUUUUAUCACCAUUAUUUAAUAGGGAUUAAAAUGUCCCGAAAUAAGUAAUGCUGAGCGAAGCUCGGGGAUGAGCUUCCAUCAGGUUUUUAAUUUAAUAAUAAGGAGAUGAGCCGGGUCGAGGGUCAUCGUACCCCAAUGUGGACGCUCGUAUCCGGAAGAACUAGGUGAUGGGCCGGGCUGAAGGUCAUUGCACUCCGAGGCCGACCGUCAUGCCCGGAAGAGCCCCAAGCCGACCUACAAAAAAAAGUGUGCACAUAUACAUAUUGUCUGGCCAUUUGGCCGCGUUACUAUGUUCAUUGUGCAGAUUAAGAUCAUAGUCAGAUAAGAGAUGAUGCUCAAAAUGAACCUUGGUGCCAAGGGCUUGGGGACGAGCAUCCUCCACCCGGAGGCCGAGGGUCUAAAGAGAACCAUCAAGAGCCAAAGGCCGUGGACGAGCAUAUUUCACCCCGGAUGCCGAAGGCCCGAAGACGAUCAUCUAUCGUCCAGUGGCCUAGGCCCGGGGACGAGCAUCCUCCACCCCAGAAGCCGAGCGUCUAAAGAAGACCACCAAAGGCCAAGGGCUUGGAGAUGAACAUCUUCCACCCCAAGAGCCAAGGGCCAUGGACGAGCAUCUUUCACCCCGGAUGCCGAGGGCCCGAAGACGAUCAUCUAUCAUCCAGUGGCCUAGGCCCGGGGACGAGCAUCCAUCACCCGGAGGCCAAAGCCCGGGGACGAACAUCCAUCACCCUGAGGCCAAAGCCCGGGGACGAACAUCCAUCACCCGGAGGCCAAAGCCCGGGGACGAACAUCCAUCACCCGGAGGCCAACGCCCGGGGACGAACAUCCAUCACCCGGAGGCCAAAGCCCGGGGACGAACAUCCAUCAUCCAGAGGCCAAAGACUGGGGACGAGCAUCCCCACCCCGGAGGCCAAGGGCAUUGAGGCGCGCAACACAUCCUGAGACCGAGCAUGCCCAGGCUGAGCAUGUUGAGGUAGAAAUGUCCCAAAGAGACCCAACUUAGCAACUGGAGGUCGAAUGUCUCUAGGAAUAGGCCGAGGAUUGCCGCUGUAUGAUGACUCCGAGGUCUGCUACCGGGUCGUGCAUCAAAAGCAAAGACACAUCUAGGCCGAGUUUCUAGGGAUGAACGUCCAAAGGAAGUUGGGUCGGGUUUCUAGGGACUAAUCUUCCUAAGCAUGUCGGGCCGAGCAUCCUGAAGGAAAAUUCUAGAGCCCCAACAACGAGAGAUCGAGCGGGCUGACCGUCAAGGGGCCGAACGUCCAAGGAAGCCCAACCUAGCAUCUGGAGGUCGAACGUCUCUAGGAAUAAGCCGAGGAUUGUCGCUGUAUGACAACUCCGAGGUCUGCUACCGGGUCAUGCAUCAAAAGCAAGGACACAUCUAGGCCGAGUUCCUAAGGGUCAAACGUCCAAAGGAAGUCGGGUCGGGCAUCCGUGGGCCGAAUUCCCCAAUCCCUCGCACCUAUGCGAAUGCAUUGAAUUAAGCCUUUGCUCCGAAAGCCGAGGCCAUGUGCAAAGAAGGCAGAGGAAGAGCGUAGGCAAGAGUAUACUUUCUCGAGCAGAUUCACACACUCACUACUCAAGAAACUGGGGGACUUGUGUUGAGGUAUAUUAUCCCGGUCCGUUACUGUUCAGGAGCCCAAGGCAUCGCCCCAACUUGGAGCCCGAAUGACAAGGUCCAUUUCAGCCUAUUAGGCAUGUUUCGGCCCUUUGGGCCCAUUUUGGGCUUACUUGGCCCAUUAGGUUAGGUUUCCCCCUUUCCCUUACCCCUAUAAAUAUGGGGCUUUCCCACAUGUUUAGGGAUCCCCUUUUCUCUUCUUCCCCAACUCAUUUCUUCUCUCUAGAAUAGCUUGCAAGACUCCAUUAAUGGGAGCUCAAAACGUACUAUGUAAUGGUGAAGAGAGUUCUAAUGAGAAAGAGAGGGCUUGGACAUUAGCCUAAAAAGUCCCGUGGUUUUCUCCCUUUCGGGUUUCCACGUAAAAACUGAGUGUUUAUACAUAUAUUUACUAUAUCGUGUUGGAUUAAACUCGACACAAUGUUUAGUUUAUUAUUUUGCGUGUCUGUCAACUUUAACAAAGUUAUAAUGAAUCAAGGACACGUUUACUUCACAUGUUACUAAACAAUGUUUAUUAAGACUCGUGUUAAUAAGCGCCACAUAAAAUAAGCAGUGUUGUAAGUUCAUGUUUACUUCAAAAGAUUUAAAACACCGUUUAACAUUAAAAUGUUCAAAAUAACCCUAUACAUAUAUAGGCACACAAAUAUUCAAGUACAUAAGUAUAUAAUAUAAUAUGUGGGGGCCUACGCGUACGCGUACCCAUACCCCCACCACCCUUACCCGUGCCCCCGCCCCUUGUAACACCUCGGCCCCGCAGGACCCGGGGUAGUUACUCUAGACCUCUCCAGACUCCUAGUACUGUCCUCACAAACCACCACGAGUCUUUACCGCGCAUUUUGUCCUCACUCAUGCGCGCCCUGAGAAACUUCCCAAGGGGUCACCAUCCCUUGGACUACCCCCAAGCAAGCACGCUUAACUUUGGAGUUCUUAGCGGAUGAGCUCCCUUAAAAGGAGAUGCACCUCUGUUGGUAUGAGUAGUACUAUUAAUCCUCUUAAAUUAAUCUCGGGUAUUACAAUCACCCCUACUUAGGAACGCAACAUCCUCGUUGAGGCCAUAAACCAAUCUCAAAUCUCAAUCAAAUCCCAGAAUCCUCCCCCGCUAAGUGCCCGCCCGAAAUCCAACGGGUCAACACACUGUCGCAUGGUUGCUCUGAUACCACCUGUAACACCCCGCCCCCUGCAGGAGCCGAGGUAGUUACUCUGGACCUCUAGUAUUCCUAAUACUGUCCUCACAAACCACCACGAGCCUUUACCUCACUCUGUCCUCACUCAUGCGCGCCCUGAGAAACUUUCCAAGGGGUCACCCAUCCCCUGGACUACCCCCAAGCAAGCACGCUUAACUUUGGAGUUCUUAGCGGAUGAGCUUCUUUAAAAGGAGAUGCACCUCUGUUGGUAUGAGUAGUACUAUUAAUCCUCUUGAAUUAAUCUUGGGUAUUACACCCCUACCCCUACCCGUAACCCCCGCCCACUACCCACUACCCACUACCCUACACCCAAUUCCACACCUUACAUCUAUCCUUACCACGACCUUACCCUUACUCCUAUUCCCCUACCUAGGUUUGGGGUAAGGGUAGGGAUAUGGGUGGGUGAGGG